GAAAGGAGGCGGGUUCAAAGGUAUCUCUGAUGCAGGGGGAGAGGACGAGAGGCCAGUAAAUAACUCCCGAGACUUUGGUGGGCCUUUCACUCUGGACUCUUGCGACUCUUGCUUCCUGGAGCUGGAAAGUGAACUUCGAAGAGCUAUAGAUCUCUCCCUGAGCUUGUGAGCUGCUUUCUUCCUGAUUUUAGCCGAGUUGAUCCGAGAAAUGCAGGCUUUGGCGCUCUGGCUGACCGUAGGCGCUCUCCAGCUGUUGACAGCUGUCCACGGGGGACCCCAGCAGCAACGCUUUGUCGCGCCGGACGUUACCUGGUCCCUGAGCAAGGUCCAAAACUUUGCAUGGGAGAACUGUGGUCCUCCAUCGGAACCUGCAGUAAUUAAGAGUCUGUCCGUAAGUCCAGAUCCAAUUGCUAUCCCUGGAGAUGUGACAGUUAGCGUAUCAGGGGCCAACACUAUAAUCCUCUGUGCUCCUCUGAAGGCAACUGUCAUACUGGAGAAGAAGCUUGGGGAUAUGUGGAUAAAAGUCCCAUGUGUGGAUCAGCUUGGGAGCUGCACCUAUGAUGAUACUUGCACCAUGCUGGACAGUCUCAUCCCUCCAGGCGAGCCAUGUCCACCGCCAUUGCAAAGUUACGGCAUUCCAUGUCAUUGCCCAUUCAAAGCGGGUACCUACACCCUUCCUUCCUCUGAAUUCUUCAUACCCAACAUGGAUUUGCCUUCUUUCCUCACCAAUGGAGACUACAAGAUGAGAGUUGUGCUGAGCAACGGGGACCAAGAGAUGUCCUGCACCAAGCUGUCCUUCUCCUUGCAGGCAGAGAACAUACAUGCAAAGCUUUGAUGGCUACACUGAGUCUUAGUGUCACGUGCCAUGUUUCUUCCAGCUUUUUCUAUCCUAUUAUGACUAACAUGAAGAGUUACUUUGCCGCAUUUGAAGAGGAAGGGUUAUAGUUACUGCUUUUGUGACUGCUGUUAAUUACUUGGAGGACCAAUUGGAGAAUCCAAGGAAAGAAUGUUCCUUAUUAGAAAAUGAUGCCUGCCUAUCUAAAACUUAUUAAGGACCAGAUUAUACAAAUUAUUGGUUGGAAAUGGGGAUUUGCAUACAUUAAGCAUAUGUUUAGCUGGCAAAUACUCUGCCGGGUGCAUUGGGCCCAGCAUUGGAGCAUUCCACUGGAGGAUUCCCUAUUAGAUUUCCCUACAUUACAGAGUCUUAAAUGGUAGAUAGAGGCCUCUUCAAGGCAUGAGUUAGUGGAAGUUAUAUAGGUGUACUGAUGACAGGAUAAUCUAAACCAGGUAUUAAAAAGACUGGAGAAGCUGCAUAUUCUGCUUUGUGGAUGCUACUUCAAACUAGCCAGACCUACCUCUUUCAGUAUACCAGAAAUAUUUUUUAGAAUGGGAUAGUUUCUAAAUGGUACCUUGUGGAAUUCUCAUUUUGAGAUCAGUAUUAUCCAUUAGUUCUGCAUAAAGACAUGUAUCUUUAUCCUGCUGUUCAUAAGCUUAAUGUUUUCUAGGGAGGUGAGUCAAACCAAGCAUGAAAAGAAGCAUUUUUUUUAAGUGAGCAGUUUCCACUUUUUACAUAAGAAUGUACUAAUUCUUUUUAAAAAAACGAAGUGCUUACAGAGGUAUUGCUGGGCAAAGCAGCACAUAUCCCUCUAAAUGAGCAUUUCUCUCCUUGUUUGAAAACUGACUUUUUUGUUCCUAAGGAACCAACUGGCUCCACUUAUUAACAAGUGUUUUAGAACCCAACUUUCUAUUAUUUUCUAACAUACUGUACCUCCUAUGCAUUAAGCAAAACUUGACUGUCUAAUUGGAGUACAAAUUAGUGACCCGGGAGGUAAUCAAAUAACUCAGACAUCGAUUAAAUUGUGCCAUAAUUUGAAUGUCAUGUAUAAAUAUCCGGUUAACAGAAGGUUCACCCUCCAAACAAUGAUUGCCAAGUGAUUCUCUGAUGCAACGAGAGUGUAUUAUUGCUGCCCUAGCAAAGUUAAAAUUAGAAUCAUUUUCUGAUCGCAGCGUUUGAGAAGUAUUAACAAUGAGCCGUCAUAAGCCUCUUUAUUAAUGGAAGGCAGCAUUAGUGUGCUGUUCUUUUAUCCUGCUUUGUUGCAGGAUCUGCUUCUUUUGCACUGGGCUUACUGCAGUUCUUAAAGCCAAGCUGGCAUACCAUGAAGUGAUGAGGGGUUCUUCUUACUAGCCAGCUUGUUAGGAUCAGAAGCUGUUUUGGACUGAGAAGGAAUGAUUUGAUUGUGCUUUCCUGGCUGGCUUUCACAUUUAAGGGAGGAUUAGAACAUGGUUUCCCAUUCUAGCCUAGCACCUUAAGUGCUACACCAUACAAGCUCUCAGAAUGUCUUCUGGAUAUUUUGGACUACUACAAGUAAGCUGGACUUGACUCCUGGUAGUUGCCUAGAGAUUUCUAUGGAAUUGAUUCCAGCAAUAAUAGAAAAGUAGUGUGGUCCUUGCAACAUUCUGGGGUUCUGAUUUGCUUAGACAUCUCCCAUCCGAGUAUAUUAGAUGUGAUACAGCUUAGCUUUUUACAAUUAGCCAGAGCCAAUUAGGUUCAAUGUAGACAAUCCCUGCUGCCUAACCAUGCUACUUAGUGCUUAAGGGGCAUCCAUGCAAACAUCCAGAAAAGAAUCCUUGGCCUAUAGCUCUAAUUUAAGAAUUAGGCUUGGCAGCAGUUAUUGCUUGAUUUAAAAAUUACAGAAUCUUUCUCCCAACUGUAAGGAGUAACCUUGGAUGUAUUCUGUUGUAUUUUUUUUCCACUUUGUCCUCUGAGCAAUAAGAGGCUUAGCUUCUACACCUGCAUUUCUGUGCAGAAAUGUAUGUUUUGAUGCUAUUGCUUUUAAUGGCAUUAAUAGAAAUCUGCCUCUCAAGUUUUAGAAUUCAGUGAAUGUUUGGUACUUCAUGUAAUCCGAUGGCAUUCCACACAGUUUAAAUGGAUAGGCUAAAAUGACAUUACAAUUGUUUUGUAUUCUAUUCUCUGGCUCCCCAAAUCUUAGUUCUUCCAUCUACCCAAUAUGCUUUUUGAUCUUACCUCCACUAUAUACAAUAUGUUCCUUGUUUACCUUAAUUCUAAUAAAAGCUAUAUCAUUUGGUAUGAACAGGAAAAAAUCAGCACACCUUAUACUGGAGUAACUAUCCAAAUGAUACUUAGAAAGGUUCUGUUGCUUAAUCUUGAGUAAAUUUGAAGAUUUGUUUUAGUACAUGCAAUUUCCAAGUAAAGGGUCUUGGAAAAUGGCAGAGUGGCAAAAGUUUCUUUACAUUCUUGCAUACGGCAAUGCAGUGAUCUCCUUCUCUCAUCCAUAUAAUUGUCUCUAAAUCACAUGUAUAAAAAAAGAUUCUAGACAUGACUAUUGCCUUCAAACCAUGCAAUUAUCCUGUAUUUCUGUUUUAAUUGGCAGAACUAUGGCAUGGCUAUAUGACUAACAUUAUUCAGUAAACUACUGUUAUAACUUUGUAUGGCAAAGGCAUUGCAAAAUUUUUUUGACAAGAUAAUCAUUAUGAUGUAUUUCUGAGAGUUGUACUCGCAGGGAAGCAGUUUAUGUACUCGUUGUACAUCUUGUUCAAAAAGUUCCUUGAUCUUUUCCCAUACUAUUUUUCAUUAAGGAUGGGUUUUCUUACUUUCUGCAAUAAUCAUACUUAAAUCCCAAUGUUGAUUUACAGAGAUAUGUGACAUGAGCAAUACUUUUCUUCUAAAUGGAACAAUAGAAAUUCAAAAUAAACCUUUUUGUCUUAUAAUAAAGUAGAUACGUAAUUAAUUCAAACCA